AGGGUUCCCGGAUGUGCUUUGCCGGAUGUGCUUUCCCGGCGGCCAUCUUGGGAGUCUGAAGGACCUGAGGCAUUUUGUGACGAGGAUCGUCUCAGGUCAGCGGAGGGAAGAGACUUAGACCUAUCCAGUCUUCAAGGUGCUCCAGGAAGCAGGAGUUGAAGACCUGGGUGUCAGGGACACAUACAUCCUAAAAGCACGACAGCAGAGGAGGCCCAGGCAGUGCCAGGAGUCAAGGUUCCCAGGAGACAAACCCCCUAGGAAGACAGGCGACCUGUGAGGCCCUAGAGCACCACCUUAAGAGAAGAAGAGCUGUAAGCGGGCCUUUGUCAGAGCCAUCAUGGGGGACAAGGAUAUGCCUGCUGCUGGGAUGCCGAGUCUUCUCCAGAGUUCCUCUGAGAGUCCUCAGAGUUGUCCUGAGGGGGAGGACUCCCAGUCUCCUCUCCAGAUUCCCCGGAGUUCUCCUGAGAGCGACGACACCCUGUAUCCUCUCCAGAGUCCUCAGAGUCGUUCUGAGGGGGAGGACUCCUCGGAUCCUCUCCAGAGACCUCCUGAGGGGAAGGACUCCCAGUCUCCUCUCCAGAUUCCCCAGAGUUCUCCUGAGAGCGACGACACCCUGUAUCCUCUCCAGAGUCCUCAGAGUUGUUCUGAGGGGGAGGACUCCUCGGAUCCUCUCCAGAGACCUCCUGAGGGGAAGGACUCCCAGUCUCCUCUCCAAAUUCCCCAGAGUUCUCCUGAGGGCGACGACACCCAGUCUCCUCUCCAGAAUUCUCAGAGUUCUCCUGAGGGGAAGGACUCCCUGUCUCCUCUAGAGAUUUCUCGGAGCCCUCCUGAGGGUGAGGAUGUCCAGUCUCCUCUGCAGAAUCCUGCGAGUUCCUUCUUCUCCUCCGCUUUAUUGAGUAUUUUCCAGAGUUCCCCUGAGAGUACUCAAAGUCCUUUUGAGGGUUUUCCCCAGUCUGCUCUCCAGAUUCCUGUGAGCGCCUCCUUCUCCUCCACUUUGGUGCGUAUUUUCCAGAGUUCCCCUGAGAGUACUCAAAGUCCUUUUGAGGGUUUUCCCCAGUCUCCUCUCCAGAUUCCUGUGAGUGCCUCCUUCUCCUCCACUUUAUUGAGUGUUUUCCAGAGUGCCCCUGAGGGUAAUCAAAGUCCUUUAGAGGGUCUUCCCCAGUCUCCUUUCCAGAUUCCUGUGAGCGCCUCCUUCUCCUCCACUUUAUUAAGUAUUUUCCAGAGUUCCCCUGACAGUACUCAAAGUACUUUUGAGGGUUUUCCCCAGUCUCCUCUCCAGAUUCCUGUGAGCCCCUCCUUCUCCUCCACUUUAGUGAGUAUUUUCCAGAGUUCCCCUGAGAGAACUCAGAGUACCUUUGAGGGUUUUGCCCAGUCUCCUCUCCAGAUUCCUGUGAGCCCCUCCUUCUCCUCCACUUUAUUGAGUCUUUUCCAGAGUUCCUCUGAGAGAACUCAGAGUACUUUUGAGGGUUUUGCCCAGUCUUCUCUCCAGAUUCCUGUGAGCCCCUCCUCCUCCACUUUAUUGAGUAUUUUCCAGAGUUCCCCUGAGAGAACUCAGAGUACUUUUGAGGGCUUUCCCCAGUCUCCUCUCCAGAUUCCUGUGAGCCCCUCCUUCUCCUCCACUUUAGUGAGUCUUUUCCAGAGUUCCCCUGAGAGAACUCAGAGUACUUUUGAGGGUUUUGCACAGUCUCCACUCCAGAUUCCUGUGAGCCGCUCCUUCUCCUCCACUUUAUUGAGUAUUUUCCAGAGUUCCCCUGAGAGAGGUCAGAGAACUUCUGAGGGUUUUGCACAGUCUCCACUCCAGAUUCCUGUGAGCCGCUCCUUCUCCUCCACUUUAUUGAGUAUUUUCCAGAGUUCCCCUGAGAGAGGUCAGAGAACUUCUGAGGGUUUUGCACAGUCUCCUCUCCAGAUUCCUGUGAGCUCCUCCUCCUCCUCCACUUUACUGAGUCUUUUCCAGAGUUCCCCUGAGAGAACUCAGAGUACUUUUGAGGGUUUUCCCCAGUCUCCACUCCAGAUUCCUGUGAGCCCCUCCUUCUCCUCCACUUUACUGAGUCUUUUCCAGAGUUCCCCUGAGAGAACUCAGAGUACUUUUGAGGGUUUUGCCCAGUCUCCUCUCCAGAUUCCUAUGACCUCCUCCUUCUCCUCUACUUUAUUGAGUAUUUUCCAGAGUUCUCCUGAGAGUGUUCAAAGUACUUUUGAGGGUUUUCCCCAGUCUCCUCUCCAGAUUCCUGUGAGCCCCUCCUCCUCCUCCACUUUAUUGAGUCUUUUCCAGAGUUCCCCUGAGAGAACUCAGAGUACUUUUGAGGGUUUUCCCCAGUCUCCACUCCAGAUUCCUGUGAGCCGCUCCUUCUCCUCCACUUUAUUGAGUAUUUUCCAGAGUUCCCCUGAGAGAGGUCAGAGAACUUCUGAGGGUUUUGCACAGUCUCCUCUCCAGAUUCCUGUGAGCUCCUCCUCCUCCUCCACUUUACUGAGUCUUUUCCAGAGUUCCCCUGAGAGAACUCAGAGUACUUUUGAGGGUUUUCCCCAGUCUCCACUCCAGAUUCCUGUGAGCCCCUCCUUCUCCUCCACUUUACUGAGUCUUUUCCAGAGUUCCCCUGAGAGAACUCACAGUACUUUUGAGGGUUUUCCCCAAUCUCCUCUCCAGAUUCCUAUGACCUCCUCCUUCUCCUCUACUUUAUUGAGUAUUUUACAGAGUUCUCCUGAGAGUGCUCAAAGUGCUUUUGAGGGUUUUCCCCAGUCUCCUCUCCAGGUUCCUGUGAGCUCCUCUUUCUCCUCCACUUUAUUGAGUCUUUUCCAGAGUUCCCCUGAGAGUACUCAAAGUACUUUUGAGGGUUUUCCCCAGUCUCCUCUCCAGAUUCCUGUGAGCUCCUCCUCGUCCUCCACUUUAUUGAGUCUUUUCCAGAGUUCCCCUGAGUGUACUCAAAGUACUUUUGAGGGUUUUCCCCAGUCUCCUCUCCAGAUUCCUCAGAGUCCUUGUGAAGGGGAGAACACCCAUUCUCCUCUCCAGAUUGUUCCAAGUCUUCCUGAGUGGGAGGAAUCCUUGUCUCCUCACAAGAUUCCUCAGAGUCCUCGUGAAGGGGAGAACACCCAUUCUCCUCUCCAGAUUGUUCCAAGUCUUCCUGAGUGGGAGGAAUCCUUGUCUCCUCACCAGAUUCCUCAGAGUCCUCGUGAAGGAGAGAACACCCAUUCUCCUCUCCAGAUUGUUCCAAGUCUUCCUGAGUGGGAGGACUCCUUGUCUCCUCACUACUUUCCUCAGAGCCCUCCUCAGGGGGCAGACUCCCUGUCUCCUCACUACUUUCCUCAGAGCCCUCCUCAGGGGGCAGACUCCCUGUCUCCUCACUACUUUCCUCAGAGCCCUCCUCAGGGGGAGGACUCCCUGUCUCCUCACUACUUUCCUCAGAGCCCUCAGGGGGAGGACUCCCUGUCUCCUGACUACUUUCCUCAGAGCCCUCCUCAGGGGGAGGACUCCCUGUCUCCUGACUACUUUCCUCAGAGCCCUCAGGGGGAGGACUCCCUGUCUCCUCACUACUUUCCUCAGAGCCCUCAGGGGGAGGACUCCCUGUCUCCUGACUACUUUCCUCAGAGCCCUCCUCAGGGGGAGGACUCCCUGUCUCCUCACUACUUUCCUCAGAGCCCUCCUCAGGGGGCAGACUCCCUGUCUCCUCACUACUUUCCUCAGAGCCCUCAGGGGGAGGACUCUCUGUCUCCUCACUACUUUCCUCAGAGCCCUCAGGGGGAGGACUCCCUGUCUCCUCACUACUUUCCUCAGAGCCCUCCUCAGGGGGAGGACUCCCUGUCUCCUCACUACUUUCCUCAGAGCCCUCCUCAGCGGGAGGACUCCAUGUCUCCUCUCUACUUUCCUCAGAGUCCUCUUCAGUGGGAGGAAUUCCAGUCUUCUCUCCAGAGCCCUGUGAGCAUCUGCUCCUCCUCCACUCCAUCCAGUCUUCCCCAGAGUUUCCCUGAGAGUCCUCAGAGUUCUCCUGAGGGGCCUGUCCAGUCUCCUCUCUAUAGUCCUCAGAGCCCUCCUGAGGGGACGCACUCCCAAUCUCCUCUCCAGAGUCCUGAGAGUGCUCCUGAGGGGGAGGAUUCCCUGUCUCCUCUCCAAAUUCCUCAGAGUCCUCUUGAGGGAGAGGACUCCCUGUCUUCUCUCCAGUUUCCUCAGAGUCCUCCUGAGUGGGAGGACUCCCUCUCUCCUCUCCAGAUUCAUCCGUGUCCUCCUGAUGGGGCGGAUCCCCAGUCUCCUCUCCAGAUUCCUCAGAGUCCUCCUAAGUGGAAGGACUCCAUGUCUCCUCUCCACUUUCCUCAGAAUCCUCCUCAGGGGGAGGACUUCCAGUCUUCUCUCCAGAGUCCUGUGAGUAUCUGCUCUUCCUCCACUUCUUUGAGUCUUCCCCAGAGUUUCCCUGAGAGUCCUCAGAGUCCUCCUGAGGGGCCUGCUCAGUCUCCUCUCCAGAGACCUGUCAGCUCCUUCUUCUCCUACACUUUAGCGAGUCUUCUCCAAAGUUCCCAUGAGAGUCCUCAGAGUCCUCCUGAGGGGCCUGCCCAGUCUCCUCUCCAGAGUCCUGUGAGCUCCUUCCCCUCCUCCACUUCAUCGAGUCUUUCCAAGAGUUCCCCUGAGAGUCCUCAGAGUUCUCUCCAGAGUCCUGUGAGCUCCUUCUCCUCCUCCACUUCAUUGAGCCCAUUCAGUGAAGAGUCCAGCAGCCCAGUAGAUGAAUAUACAAGUUCCUCAGACACCUUGCUAGAGAGUGAUUCCUUGACAGACAGCGAGUCCUUGAUAGAGAGCGAGCCCUUGUUCACUUAUACACUGGAUGAAAAGGUGGAUGAGUUGGCGCGGUUUCUUCUCCUCAAAUAUCAAGGGAAGCAGCCUAUCACAAAGGCAGAGAUGCUGACGAAUGUCAUCAGCAGGUACACGGGCUACUUUCCUGUGAUCUUCAGGAAAGCCCGUGAGUUCAUAGAGAUUCUUUUUGGCAUUUGCCUGAGAGAAGUGGACCCUGACGACUCCUAUGUCUUUGUAAACACAUUAGACCUCACCUCUGAGGGGAGUCUGAGUGAUGAGCAGGGCAUGCCCCAGAACCGCCUCUUGAUUCUUAUUCUGAGUAUCAUCUUCAUAAAGGGCACCUAUGCCUCUGAGGAGGUCAUCUGGGAUGUGCUGAGUGGAAUAGGGGUGCGUGCUGGGAGGGAGCACUUUGCCUUUGGGGAGCCCAGGGAGCUCCUCACUAAAGUUUGGGUGCAGGAACAUUACCUAGAGUACCGGGAGGUGCCCAACUCUUCUCCUCCUCGUUACGAAUUCUUGUGGGGUCCAAGAGCUCAUUCAGAAGUCAUUAAGAGGAAAGUAGUAGAGUUUUUGGCCAUGCUAAACAAUACUGUCCCUAUUACCUUUCCAUCCUCUUACAAGUAUGCUUUGAAAGAUGUGGAAGAGAGAGCCCAGGCCAUAAUUGACACCACAGAUGAUUCGACUGCCACAGAAAGUGCAAGCUCCAGUGUCGUGUCCCCCAGCUUCUCUUCUGAGUGAAGUCUAGGGCAGAUUCUUCCCUCUGAGUUUGAAGGGGGCAGUCGAGUUUCUACGUGGUGGAGGGCCCGGUUGAGGCUGGAGAGAACACGGUGCUAUUUGCAUUUGUGUUCCGUAUGGGUAGUUAAGGGGUUCACCUGUUUUACUUUUGGGUAUUUUUCAAAUGCUUUUCCUAUUAAUAACAGGUUUGAAUAGCUUCAGAAUCCUAGUUUAUGAACAUGAGUCGCACAUGUAUUGCUGUUUAUCUGGUUUAAGAGUAACAGUUUGAUAUUUUGUAAAAACAAAAACACACCCAAACACACCACGUUGGGAAAACCUUCUGCCUCAUUUUGUGAUGUGUCACAGGUUAAUGUAGUAUUGCUGUAGGAAUUUUCUUGAAACUGUGAAGGAACUCUGCAGUUAAAUAGUGGAAUAAAGUAAAGGAUUGUUAAUGUUUGCAUUUCCUCAGGUCCUUUAGUCUGUUGUUCUUGAAAACUAAAGAUACAUACCUGGUUUGCUUGGCUUAUGUAAGAAAGUAGAAGAAAGUAAAUUGUAAUAAAUAAAA